GAGUAUCUAAUCCUCCUCCUCCAUUCAUCUUCUCCAUUCUUCUCCGUCGUCUCCAUUAGAUAACGACCAUUUGCUCGCCGGACUCCAUUUUAGGGUUUUCUUCGAUUCUCACAAAUUUCAUUCCUUUCUCUCGCCGGAAUACUCAAAAUGCCCAAGUCAGUUAAACCCAUCUCUGAAUCUGACAAACUCUCCGAUCAUCUCCGUGAUUCAUCACUAACCUCCGAGAUCAACAAACCUGAUUUCCGUGAACUAGAUCUUGGUUCACCGGUUUCUCCGCUUCGUUCUCAGCCACGUGGAGUCACUACAACCACUAGUAGUAGCAGUUCUAGCUCUUCCGGAUCUCUUACGGGUCGGGUUAAACAUGCUCCGGUCAUCGGAAGAUCUAAUUCUCUCCGUAGUCAAUCUGGUUCAUCUAGUGGGAAUAAUAAUCUAAGACCGAGAUCGGACUCAGCUACUUCUUCUUCUUCACAUUCACAACCACUUAUCUCCUCCUCCUCUGCUACUUCUCCAGCUCCGACGUCUCCGGCGAAUGUACUUCCCACCGGAAACAUUUGUCCUUCAGGGAAGAUCCAAAUCACAGGAAUGACACAAACCCGUUCAAGAAGCGAUGUUCUUGGAUCUGGUACUGGAACUUAUGGACAUGGAAGUAUAAUGCGAGGAGGUGGAGGAACUAGUAUAUCUCCGGCGAAACCUACCACGACAGGAGGAGGAGGAUCUCCGCCGGUAAUUGUCGGUAGCUCUAGCAGAAGUAGUACUGUUGUUGCGGGAGACACUCCUUUAUGGAAGAAAGCAGUUUUAGGUUCGGAUUCAGAGGAAGUGAAGAGACUAGGAAAUGAAAUGUAUAGGAAAGGUUUGUUUAAUGAGGCUUUGAAGUUGUAUGAUAGGGCUAUAGCUUUAUCACCGACAAACGCUGCUUAUCGGAGUAAUCGAGCUGCCGCAUUGACCGGUUUGGCUCGAAUUGGUGAAGCUGUUAUGGAAUGUGAAGAAGCUGUGAGAUCGGAUCCUAACUAUGGAAGAGCUCAUCACCGUUUGGCCUUAUUGCUUAUUAGAUUAGGUCAAGUUAAUAGUGCAAGGAAGCAUCUUUGUUUUCUUGGGAGACCAUCAGAUCCCAUGGAGUUGCAGAAGCUUGAAGCAGUGGAGAAACAUUUGAUUAAAUGUGUAGAUGCGCGAAGAGUCAGUGAUUGGAAAACAGUUUUGACGGAAGUAGAUGCUGCUAUUGUUUCUGGAGCCGAUUUUUCUCCUCAGCUAUUUAUGUGUAAAGUAGAAGCAUUCUUGAAACUUCACCGGCUAGAUGAUGCUCAAUCAAAGCUAUUAGAAGUUCCUAAAGUAGAGCCGUUCCCUGUAUCUUGUUCGCAGACUCGGUUUUCUGGUAUGGCUUGUGAAGCUUAUACAUAUUUUGUCAAGGCGCAGAUCGAGAUGGCGUUAGGAAGGUUUGAAAAUGCAGUUAUGGCUGCUGAGAAAGCUAGCCAAAUCGAUCCACGAUGCAACGAAGUUGCUAUGUUACAUAAUACUGUUACAUUGGUUGCUAGGGCUCGUGCUCGUGGUAACGAUCUUUAUAAAUCAGAAAGAUACACUGAAGCAAGUUCAGCUUAUGCAGAAGGCCUUAGGCUUGAUCCUUGCAACGCUAUUCUAUAUUGUAACCGGGCAGCUUGUUGGUUUAAACUUGGAAUGUGGGAACGCUCUAUUGAAGAUUGUAACCAAGCGCUGCGUUAUCAACCAAGUUACACAAAGCCACUUCUUCGGAGGGCUGCCUCAAAUAGCAAGAUGGAAAGAUGGGGAGCCGCAGUGAGUGAUUAUGAGGCCUUGAUAAGAGAACUACCUCAUGACAAGGAAGUUGCUGAAUCUUUAUUCCAUGCUCAAGUUGCAUUGAAGAAAUCUCGUGGAGAAGAAGUUUUAAAUAUGGAAUUUGGUGGUGAAGUUGAGGAAGUUUAUAGUCGUGAACAGUUUAAAUCUGCCAUGAAUUUACCAGGAGUUUCGGUUAUCCAUUUCUCGACAGCUUCUGAUCAUCAAUGCAAGCAAAUAUCUCCAUUUGUGGACUCGCUAUGUACUCGGUAUCCAUCUAUACACUUCCUCAAGGUGGAUAUCGAUAAAUGUCCUUCAAUAGGUAAUGCUGAGAAUGUGAGGGUUGUACCGACAGUGAAGAUAUACAAGAACGGUAGUCGGGUUAAGGAGAUUGUCUGUCCAAGCAAAGAAGUGUUGGAGUACUCGGUGAGACACUAUAGCGGUUAAUAACAAAAACACUAGCGCUUCUUCUUCACUCUUCUGCAACCUCCCCAUUACCCAUAAGAAAUUUCUUCAAUAAUCCCACUUUAACUUCUUAAGAUGCUUCAUUACAAGGGAACCCAUUAGUGUAGAGUUUCAGGUCUUUAUGAUUUGUUCAUUCAUUCACCUCUUCAUUGCCCUGUGAUCUCUGUCUCUGUAUGUUCUGUUCUGUCUUCUUCCCUCCAUUCAUUUUUCUCUGCAGAUUGAGAUUGCAUUGGCUCCUUCUUCUUCUUUUAGCUUCACUUGUUGUUAGGUAUUGAGAGAUGUUACUAGUUGGAGAUUACUCUGUGUACAUAAGAGAAGUUCGGAUGUGAGUGAAGAAGAAGGGGCUUUACUAAAAGGGCAAAAGAGGA